CACAGGCCACAGUGGCUCUGCUGCCUGGCCAGCAGCAUGCCUGGCCGGGGAGCCGGGCUGUGUGUCCUGGGGGCUCUGGAUGCUGGCCGUGCUGUGCUGGAUCACUGCCCGCUCCCUGCUGUCCUGCGGGUGCCCAGGGCAGGGCCGGCGGCAGGCAUCCGUCCUCUGCCUCCUGUACAGCUUCCUGGGCCAUGUCUGCAACGCGAUCGGAGCGCUGCUGGCCAGCCAGCUUGGCAUCCAGGUCCACCCCGCCGGUGGAGGAGGAGGAGGCGGCGACGGCAGAGGCUGCGGGAUGGUCUGCUUGCCCUUGCCCUGCCCCUGUCCGUGGGUGCUGGCAGGUUUCUGUGGGUCCCCAGCUCCCGGUCCUCCCUGGAGCGGCUGGAGGGAGCCCGGCGGAGGCUGCUCGGGGUGGUGUUGGAGGACAACAAGGAAGUGCUGGGCUUUGUCCUGGGGCUGCUCUCUGCCCUCAUUGCCCUCACGGCCAGGAUCUCUGCACUCUCCAGAGCAUGCAGGGCAAAGCCAUGGCCAUGGAGGCGGCUGUGGGCCACCCUGUGCUCGGCCACAGCCGGCGUCCUCUACGCGGCAGCGAUUGUCACCCACGGCUGGCAGCCUGUGCAUGUCCUGAGGGCCCUGCCCUGGCUCCUUGUCGCCCUGGGGUCAGCUGCACUGGACGUGGCUCUCCUGUUCAUCGCCUGCACCGCCAAGAGCCAGACGAGCCAGCGUCUUGUACCAGAGGUCCCCGAUGCUUGGGCCCCCCUGGCUGGGGAGGGAAAAGAAGAUGAUGGAGAAGCAGAAGAGGAGGAGGCUGCAAACUGGGUCCCGCUUCACGUGUUUCCAAAACCCAGGACUGGGCCCAGGAUGGUGGCCACCAGCCACUCCUUAGACCUGAUGAUCAGGCUGGUGCAGCAGAGUGGUCACAGCGUGGCGAGGCUGCCUGGGGAUGCACAGACGGGUCCAGCAGGUCCUGUGCCACCGCAGCCGCCUGCCUGCCCCCCGCUCCUGGCUCGGUGCCCUGGGGUCUCCCCGUCCAGCUCCUCUGAUGCCACCUCCAUCAACUCGGAGCUCGAGGAGGCGGCGUGUCCCCCGUGCUGCCCGCAGGGAGCGGUGCUGCCCGGCCAUCCCUCGCACCCGGCUGCGGCACCACCUGCUCCUUUCUCUUCACAGUGGGACUUCGAAGACAUGACAGUGCAGUGGAGCCGGCCCAGCCCUGCUGCUCAGCCUUGCUCCGUGCUGAGCCCCGGCACCUUCAGACAACCUGCAGCCCCUCCGAGACACCCCAAGCACCCAUCCCCGCAGCCGAGCAAGCAGUAACCAGCAGAAGGUGCUUCCUCGGGGCUCUCCUGGGAGAGGUGGUAAGCUGUGGGGUGCUAUCACAGGCUGCCAUGCUGUGCCUGGAGCACUGCCUGCAUGGAGUGGUGACAGCUUCCAGUGUCUCCUUUCACCCUUGUCCCGCUGCAAAGAGGUGCAGGGUCCCCCUUCCUGUUGCUGUUGGCUGCACUCCCUGGAAAUGGGGCUGCGGGAGAGGUGCAGCCUCACGGCUGGGUUUAAACCAGCAGUGUCCUCUCUUGGUUGGGCUGGUGUUUUCCCCAGCCUUGGGGUUACAAGCCCUGCUCGGUCAUGCUCUGCAGCCUCUGGAGUGGAAGCCUGCUGAUCCGCCCAGCGAGGCAGGAGAGGGACAGUCCCCACUGUGGCUGCCAUGCUUCCUGGUCAUCCCUGACUGCUGAACACUAGCCUCACAAGCCAAGGACCAGCGAGACAGAAACCCACCUGGAAGAUUAUAUGUGUCUU